UUUAAAAGAUUAUUUAAAGAGAAGAAACAAUAUUUUGUGACUGAAAAGCUGAACCAGCAAUUCAGGAAAUGGAAUCCAAACCUAGAAACGUACCAUAUACAAAAUCCGAAGUGGGUGGAUUAAAGAUGAUUAAGGAAUGUUAAUUUACAGUAAAUUGUGGCCUUAAGAUGGUAUGCACAAUAGUUGUGCUUUGGUUAUUGUUACAUGACAGUGACUGAUACUAAUAUUUUUUUCUAUGCUCUAUAUAUUCUAGUGUUCUAUGUUCGCCCCCACUUUAGAAUGACAGCAGCAAAGUGGCUGGAAAUAUAGCAGUGGUCUCCACCUGUGCUGAGGGCCCCUUCCAGGAUCCCUGGGAUCUGGAUUCUCGGCCUGGUUACCUGCACUUCUGAUCCACACAUCCUGACUCUGGUCCAAUGUGACCCUCGACUCAGACUCUUGGUUUUUAUUGUGCCCAGCCAUUCGUGUCACUGCACUACCAGCCCAUCUGGUCUGCUCCCCACCCCAUCCUACAGUACCCCGAGUCUAAACUCUGUUUUCUGCCCGGUGCAAUAAGAUUUUGUUAAUAACGGAUUUAUCAUUACUGGUUGGGUAGGCUGACAAGGCAGUUAGGCUCUCUCAGCCUUGUCUUUGGUAUCAAAUGAGAAUAAUACCUCCUGUUCCAUUAACCUAUCAGAAGAUAUCUGUGAGGCUCAGAUAUUUUAUGUGUGAAACUACCUUGCAAAUUACUGCAAAGAACUACAGAAAUAUAAAAGGUGGGCUUGUGAUGAUUCACGUUAUCAAGAUUAACCUAGAGAUGGCCACACAAUUUAAUAACCUUCACAGAAAAUGUCCACUAACCUUUCUCAUGCUUUUAGACCGAUUACAGGAUAUAAAUAGUAAAGCCAAUUGGAAUGUUACUAGAUCUUCGACUUCACUUCGGGUAAACGAGGCGUUUUUCUGCUGUUCUGACGAACCCUAAAGGAAGAGGGCGAGGUCCGCAGGAGACCUGACAGUGGGCGUGGCGAGGGCCGCGCAGACUCAGCUCCUCCCCUCCCAGAGGAAGUCAAGGGUACCGGCGUCUAUGGUCACCAUGGUAACGGAGAACCAACUUCCGCCCUAUCCACCUGCGGGUUGUCUCGGGAGGCUCACCGUGGCAAUCAAACAUCUGCGUCACGGAAGCUGGUUCGCAGGUCGCCACGGUUAGGGAACCGCGGCACGCCGCCCCCAUCCGCAGGGUGCUCGAAAAUGUACAGCCAGAGGUUUGGCAUCGUACAGCGGGAGGUUAAGGGCCCCACUCCCAAAGUGGUGUCUGUGAGAGCCAAGCCUCCCAAAGCCCACAGGGCUGAGCAACAACUGGAAAAAAUCCUACGCAGCCAUCAGAAACAUCAUGCUAUUUUGGAUUCCAUUAAGUCACUAGAGCAGGAACGCUUGAAAGUUGACUGGUACCAGCACAAUGACCGCAAAUUUGUGGAUAGUCUUGUGAAAGCAAGACUCAAGGAUGCCAUGCAAGGGUUUAUUAUCAACACUGAAGAAAGACGAAAUAAGCUCCGUGAACUUUUAGCAUUGGAAGAAAAUGAGUAUUUUACUGAAAUGCAACUAAAAGAAGAAACAAUUGAGGAGAAAAAAAAUAGAAUGAAAGAUAAAACCAGAUUGUUAAAGGAGAAGAAAGAAAAAGAGAGACAGGAUUUUGUGGCUGAAAAGCUAGACCAGCAAUUCAGGGAACGCUGUGAGGAGCUCCGUAUUGAAUUGUCCUCUAUCCAUGAGAAGAAGGUGUGGGAGGAGCGGAGAGCACAGAUUGCCUUUAAUGAGGAGCUGAAAAGGCAAAAAGUGGUGGAAGAGCAGAUGUUCUCUAAGCUCUGGGAGGAAGACCGGUUAGCCAAGGAAAAGCGAGAAGCUGAAGAGGCGAGGAGACAGAAAGAGCUCGUGGAGAACACACGCCUGGGGCUGAACACCCAGAUCACUGAAAUCAAGGCGCAGAGGACGGCAGCACAGCAGCGGAAGGAAGAGGAGGCGCGUCUUGUGGAAGAUGACAAAGCUCAGUUGAAACGUGAGAAUGAGCAGGAUAAGCUAAAGAAACAGAAGAUAAAACGGGAAAUUAGGACCAUUUUGCAAAAAGCCUCCCAAGAGAAGACAGAACGUAUUCAACAGGAAUACAGAGAAGAGCAAGACUUGAACAUGAAGCUCGUGCAAAGAGCCCUGCAAGACUUACAGGAAGAGGCUGAUAAGAAGAAACAAAAAAGAGAAGAUAUGAUAAGAGAGCAGAAGAUAUACCAUCAGUAUUUGGCACAGCGCCGUGAGGAAGAAAACGCUCAGGAGAAAGAACUGGACAGAAUAUUAGAGGAAGAGAAGGCAAAGAAGUUGGCUGAGAAGGACAAGCAGCUGAAAUGUGAAAAGGAGGCAAGGAGACAACUUGUGAAUGAGGUCAUGUGUACAAGAAAACUUCAAGUUCAAGAAAAGUUGCAACGAAAAGCGAAAGAACAAGAAGAACGUGCUCUGGAACAGGAACACAUAAACGAAGGUCUUAAAGAGCUUAACCGCGAAGAGAGGGAGAGUUUUGCAAGACGCUCGGGCUUAGCCCAGGAGUACCAGCAGCAGCUUCAGAUGCAAGUGGCCUACCAGCAGCAGGCCCGGGAAGCGCAGAAGGAAGAGGAGCGCCGGGAGCUGGAAGCGGGCGUAGCGGCCAACAAGGUCUGCCAGGACAAGAUCCAGGAGCUGCUGUCCGUCCAUCGGGUGCUGCCCCGAAACGUCCAUCCGAUGCGGAGGGCCUGCCCUGUUAAGCUUCCACCAUAG